UCGCGGAUCGGUAGAGUCUUCCACCCCCAUCUAGACACCGGGCCCCUUGAGCCCUGGGCCGAUUGAGGCAACGGGACCAAGCCGAAUCAGCGGUUCUCGAGCUGUCAAAGAUCCAAAACCGGCCUGGCACACGUCUCUUGUUACGUGGAUCCCAUCUCGGCGCGUCCUGGCGCGGCUCCAAGUGCCGGGACAGAGGCGAUGUCACGAAGGUCUAGCCCGGUUUGAGUUCACGGUUUGGGGGUUCACGUCGCCCGAGUCAGGCACGACGAACGGCGCUGCAUUUUAUCGAGGCUGCCGAGGGGUGUGACUACGAAUAAGUAGACCCGGUAUUUUGUUGAUCUAGAAUGAUGUAAGGAGGCGGUAUGUAAAUCUUUGAUUAUUAAAAGCUCCGGAUCGCCGCGUUGAUGUUCAUUCCUAGAAGACUGAAACCCCUCCCCUCGGAUUCCGCCAUUCACUUCACUUCAGUCUCAGACAUUACGGAGACUUCACGAAGCCAUACGUCCUUGACUUCACUCAUCCGUCAUAUUUCCUAACAAUUCUUCUACAUUCUCGAGAUACCCCGUAGAGUCUCUUCAACCAACUUGCUACUCAGGUGUCUGAUACUCGGCCAUCAGAUUCGCCCACGUCAAGUCACAACUUUUAACACCCACGCAUCAACCCCCGGCUGCGAGACUUUUGCUGAGAAAACAAAACAACAUGUCGAAGCGCGACACGGUCCGGAUGGUGGAAGACGACACAGUGCCGCAGGACUACCUCCCAUCCUACGAGACGGCAAUCAACGAGGGACUACAACAACACAGAGACAGCGUCAGAAACGAUGGUAGAAUCGACGUGAACCUCGACUCGCGGCUCGCGACGACGCUCGCCCGCUUCAUCCCCGACUUCAAAGACACGGCCGAGCUGGCCCAGGCCGCGGCGGCUCAGGGCCCUCCCCCGGAAUACUUCGAGGCGGCCGAACGCUUCGCCGAGAAGAAGACGUUCCCCGUCAAGCUCAACAUCGUCAUCCAGGUCGUCGGCAGCCGUGGCGACGUGCAGCCCUUCAUCGCGCUCGGAAACGAGCUGCAGACGUACGGCCACCGCGUGCGGCUGGCCACGCACGACGUCUUUGACGACUUCGUGCGCAAGUCCAACCUCGAGUUCUACCCCAUCGGCGGCGACCCCUCGGAGCUGAUGGCCUACAUGGUCAAGAACCCGGGGCUCAUCCCGAGCCUCAAGAGCCUGAAGGGCGGCGACAUCCAGAAGAAGCGCAAGAUGGUCAAGGAGAUGCUCGAGGGGUGCUGGAGGUCGUGCGUCGAGCCCGACACGCGGACGGGCACACCCUUCGUCGCCGACGCCAUCAUCGCCAACCCGCCGAGCUUCGCCCACGUCCACUGCGCCCAGGCCCUGGGCGUGCCGCUGCACCUCAUGUUCACGAUGCCCUGGAGCAGCACGAGGGCGUUCCCGCACCCGCUGGCUAACCUGCAGUUCGGGGACAAGGGGGUCGUCGACCAGAUGACGGCCAACUUUGUAUCGUACAGCAUCGUUGAGUGGCUGACAUGGCAAGGUCUGGGAGAUGUCAUCAAUGACUGGCGCAAGACGAUCGACCUCGAAGAAGUGCCGUUUUCCGAGGGCCCAGUGCUUGCGGAAUCACAGAAGAUUCCCUUCACAUACUGCUGGUCCCCGGCAUUGGUGCCCAAGCCGAUCGAUUGGCCCGCAUAUAUCGACGUGUGCGGCUUCUUCUUCCGGGAACCGCCCCAGUACACGCCGCCUGCGGAGCUGGCCAACUUCCUCAAGAACGGACCGACCCCCAUCUACAUCGGCUUCGGCAGCAUCGUCAUCGACCACCCCGAGGAGAUGACCAAGAUCCUGGUUGAGGCCGUCCGCGCCACGGGCGUCCGCGCCAUCAUAUCCAAGGGAUGGAGCAACCUGGGCGGCAUCGAGUCGGACGACGUGCUGUUCCUCGGGGACUGCCCACACGAGUGGCUAUUCGCCAACGUCGCGGCCGUCUUCCACCACGGCGGCGCGGGAACGACGGCGUGUGGUCUCCUGAACGGACGGCCGACGACCAUUGUACCCUUCUUCGGAGACCAACCGUUCUGGGGCGACAUGGUGGCCAUCGCAGGCGCCGGGCCGAAGCCGAUCCCGCACAAGAAGCUCAACGCGCAGAACCUCGCCGAGGCCAUCCGGUUCUGCCUGACCCCGGAGGCGGCGGCGGCGGCCAGCGAGGUGGCGGCCAAGAUGCGGACGGAGAACGGCGUAGCCACGGCGGCCAAGUCGUUCCACGCCAACCUGCCCCUCGACAUCCUGCCGUGCGAUAUCUUUCCGGACCAGCCGGCCGCGUGGGAUUUCAAGAGGGGAAAAAAGCACCUGAGGUUGUCGAAGCGGGCCGCGGGCAUCCUCCUCGACCACCUCAAGAUCGACAAGAAGAACAUGUCUUUGCACGAGACGAGGACCUAUUUUAUCGAGAACCGACGGUGGGAUCCCGUGACGGGCACGGCUUCGUCCCUGAUGGGCGUCGGGCUCGGCAUGGCCAAGGGCGCCUCGGACAUCGUCGUCAAACCGAUCCAGGUGUACCACAAACGGUCCAAAAUGAAGUCGGCCGAGAUGGAGGACGUGGACGUCGCGCGGAGCAGCGCCAGCAGCGACGGCCCGACACCGCCGCCGCGAUCGCCGAGCCUCGCGCCCCCGAGGUCCGACGCCCUCGAGCGUCCGCGGAGCGCCGGCAGGGGCUGCGGCAGCACGACGGGCGCGGCGAUGAAGGCCUCGGCCUCGGGCCUCGGCACCUUCUUCAAGUCGUACGGCAAGUUCUACCUCGACGUGCCGCUGGCGGUCACCGAGGGCCUCCGCGCGGCGCCCAAGCUCUACGGCGAGAAGGUCGAGGACCACGCGCCCAUCAAGGACUGGAAGUCCGGGGCCAUGGUCGGCGGCAAGAACUUCGUCACGGGAGUCGGCGGCGGGUUCACGGACCUGUUCUACCAGCCGUACAAGGGCGGCCGGGACGGCGGCGCGGCGGGCGCGGCGAUGGGGGUCGGCAAGGGCGUGAUGAACAUGGUGACCAAGACGGCUUCCGGAACCCUUGGGAUCGUCGCGUACCCCGUCCAGGGCGCCUACCAAAGCAUCCGGACGGCGGUCAAGUCCAAGACGCGGAACAGCAUCGCCGCCGCCCGGCGGGAGGAAGGCGAGUACCUCGUGCGCAACGCGCCGGUCGACGUCGAGAUGGUGCUGCGGAAGUUCGACGACAUGAGCCGCGCGAGUGAGGCGGGCCAGGCAAAGGCUCAAGGGAACGGCUUUUUUGAUUUUGGGAGGAAGAGCAAGGACAGAGAUACCCAGGGGACUCCUUAUUAGAUGCGACGGAAGUGUUGGUGAAGAAUUGCCAAAGUCCAGUCGGGCGACUAUUGGGAACUGUUAGAAUAGACUGUAAUAUAGAAUAGCGUUGUUGCUUUCAGCUGUGAUUCAGACAACUAUUAGACAUCUAUAGAAUAUUUACA